GACGAAGGGAAGUUUAUGGCGGUGUUGAAUGUAGGUUUUCCGAUUCUCUGAAGCAAGACAUCUUAUGUUGCACGACGGGCUUCUUCGCAAUAUUCAUAUAAUUGCAGGCAUAAUUGGGGAGAAAGGCUAAAAGGUCAGACAAUCGGAAGAGCAAGUAAUGGGGGGGGGGUUGUUUGCAGAAACAAUCGACGCCGCCUCAACCCCAGCCAAAAUCUCCCAUGAGGCAGCCUGGGAAAUGUUAAAAGACUGGCGAGGGCGCAAGUAGAAAUUGAAUUUUUAAAGCAGCCUAAUCGAGUACGUGUUCAGUCAGAGGUCUGACCAAAGAACUUGAAUCAAGUAUUUAGGACUGCAAUUGAAAUCGCUGUUAAUUUAAAUUGUUUUGAACUAAACUUCCUUUCGGCCCACAAAUAAACGAACCAUGAAAGGGACUAGCACCUUCGUGUCACGUUGGAGAAAGGGGAGGUGGGACGGCACGGCUUCCCCCUUUCUUAAAGGAAAUCUUGAAUGAAUUGCAAGCGUUGAGAUGGACGAAGCAACGUGAAGCCGCUUGUUAGAAAGUCUUACUCGCCAACACCUUCCUUGGAUUUAUUCCCACUGGCCUGCGCUAUUCUCUCUGCUAUUAAAAAAAAUCGCGUGAGCAAAGUUUAUGGCUGUGAUUGGUAAAGAUGCUGAAUGGCUUCCGGACUGAAGUGCUUUUUUUCAAGGUACUGGGCUAAUUUGAAACUAUGGUUUAAGCAAAAGAUCAGCAAAGAAGAGUUUGAUCUGGAAGCUCGGAGGCUCCUCACUCAAGACAAUGUUCAUUUUCACAAUGACUUCUUGCUAGCUAUUCUUACACGAUGUCAAAUCUUGGUUUCUGCACCAGAAGGUGCUGGCUCUCUGCCUUGGACAGGAGGUUCUGCACCAAAACCUGGCAAGCCUAAAGGGAAGAAAAAGUUUUCUUCGGUUCGGCAGAAGUUUGAUCACCGGUUUCAACCCCAGAAUCCCUUGUCUGGAGCUCAGCAGUUUGUGGCGAAAGAUCCUCAAGAAGAUGAUGACUUGAAGCUUUGUUCACACACAAUGAUGCUUCCCACUUGGGGCCAGCUUGAGGGAAGGAUGAUUGUCACUGCUUAUGAACACGGCUUGGAUAAUGUCACCGAAGAAGCAGUUACAGUUGUUGUCUAUGCCAUAGAGAAGCAUCUUAAGGAUAUCCUUACCUCUGUAAUAUCAAGAAGAAAGGCUUACCGUGUGAGGGACAGUCACUUCAAAUAUGCCUUUGGAAGUAAUGUCAACCCACAGCCGUAUCUGAAGAAUAGUGUCAUUGCUUACAAUAACUUAACUGAGUGCCCUCCUACCUGCUUGGCUCCCCCACCUGGUCAAAACCUUGCUUCCCAUCUACCACCUGACGAUGCAGAGCAACAAGCAGCCCUCCUUUUGGCCUGUUCCGGGGACACCUCACCAGCAACCCUGCCCCCAGUGAACAUGUAUGAUCUCUUUGAGGCACUGCAGAUCCACCGGGAAGUGGUCCCUGCCCAUACUGUCUAUGCCCUCAAUAUUGAAAGGAUCAUCCUGAAACUCUGGCAUCCAAACCAUGAGGAGCUUCAGCAAGACAAAAUCCAUCGGCAGAGGUUGGCUGCGAAGGAAGGCCUCUUAAUGUGCUAAGACUGUUUCCAGUGCUGACUUUGGGCUGGACUAAUAUAUCUUCAAUGUGCCAGUUGGCAUUUUGACUUUAGAAUCUCAACAUUUGCAUUAUUUUAUGAGCACUUCCAGGUGGAAGUGUGAACAUGUUUCCCAUGGAAAUAUGACUCAAAGUGAAGAGCAUAUAAGUGUAAAACAAAGCCCUGAUUGCUUAGAAGAUCAACUACUUUGCUGAUAACUUUCAACAAACUGAAUACCAUUAAUUCUGAAAAUCUUUCUGUUCCACUAGAAAAUGGAUAUUGCAGCAAAAACCAAAUUUUUGUUUUCAUUCCAUCCGUAAUAUGUAAGAUGAUGCUCUGUCUAUCUGCAGUACAAAGAUAAGAGUUCCUACAGUCACCAGAUACAUAGGGCAUCUAAACUACUGCUUUGGGUUGUUUUUACAAACAUACAUUGUAAAUAUACUAUACAAAACUUUGUUUUGUUGGUAUUUCUUUUGUAUAAUUUGUGUUUAUUUCAUGUUGGAGAAGUCCUGGUUCAUUAAAAUAAACUUUAUUGUAAAACA